AUGAAACAUCUUCCAUAUUUACUCCUCGUAUUAAUCAUACAAAUUUAUACACAAGUACAAAGUCAAUGUUCUGGUGGAAUAUGGCCUAUUCAAAAUACAACAAUUGGUUCAUUUACAAUUUCAUGGAAAUAUAAUAUUACUUCGAAUACUGUUCAAUUUAUUAUUCAAGGUCAAGCAAGUUCUAAUAUUAAUCUUACAUCUACUUAUAUUGCUUUUGGUUGGUCUAAUAUAGUAUUUGCAAAGAAUAAUAUAGAUAUGGCAAUGUAUUUUCCUAGCAGUCGAAUAGUUCAAGAUAGAUAUUCUGAUGAACAUAUGAUACCAAUAGUUGAUAUUCAACAAGAUUUUUGUGUUAUUCAAAGUAAUAUUACUGAUCAGAAUGUAUAUGUCACAUUCGAACGAUCGAGUAUAACAGGAGAUAUUUAUGAUGUUAAUUUUCUAUCCAAUGUAUAUUUAAUGUUUUCAAUGGGUACUUAUACAUUACUUAAUGGUACUAAUAGUUUUAAUCUUCAACCUAAUUUUUUUUCUAAAUCUCUUGAAACAAGUGUCAAUUUCAUUAAUUGUGUUUCAAUCGGUUGUCUAACCACAAAUUGUACAACAAAAACAUGUUCAUGUUUACAAGAUAUUACAUUAGAUACUGGAAACUGUACUUGUUUUCCAUCAUCAUCAUCAUGUAAAUCUGAUUCAACAAUAUCUGCAAUUAUUAAUGGCUCUUGUCAUGAUCAGAAAGAUCCAUGUUCAUCCAAUGGAAUUUGUCUUCAAACAUCUCCAAUGCAAUUUAUUUGUCAAUGUAAACCUGAUUACACAGGUGUCUUAUGCCAAAUACCAUUAUUUUCAACUGAUAUUACUAUUUUUAAUAUAUGUCAAUGUGUAAAUGGAGGUAUUUGUUUAAGUAAUGGCAGUUGUUUAUGUUCAGAACAUUAUCAAGGCAAAUUUUGUCAAUUAACAAAUCCAUGUCAAUCAAAUCCUUGUAUAAAUGGAAAUUGUACAAAGACAACUACUGGAGAUUAUCAAUGUCAAUGUAAUAAUGAUUAUAUUGGUACUCGAUGUGAUAAGAAAAAUAGUUGCUUGUCAAAUCCAUGUCAUCAAGGUACUUGUAUAGUAUCAUCAAACUGUCCUGAACAAAUAUGUAAUUAUUCAUGUCUUUGUCCAAAUGGAACAACAGGUAGAAAUUGUGAGAUUGAUAUAAAUCCCUGUUCGAGUAUACCAUGUAAGAAUAAUGGAAGUUGUAUUCGAAAUUCGAAUAUAGAAAAUGGAUUAUAUAGAUGUAAUUGUUCAACUGGUUAUUUUGGAAAACAUUGUGAAUAUUUAAAUGGUUGUAUUUCAUCACCAUGUCAAAACGGAGGUAUUUGUUUAUUGAAUAACGAAACAAAUAUACCAUAUUGUCAAUGUCCAUCAAAUACAACUGGUAGUCGAUGUGAAACAAUUCAAACUCUAUGUACCAAUACAACUUGUUUAAAUAAUGGCGCUUGUUUUAUUGAUAGAUCAUCGAAUAAUAGUAUUACACGUUGUUUAUGUACGCAAGGAUACACGGGAAACUAUUGUGAAAUAUCUUUACUUUCUAUCAAUUUUUGUUUACAAAAACCUUGUGGUCAUAAUGGUACUUGUAUUCAAACAUCGAAUUCAUCUUAUUAUUGUAUUUGUCCAGAUGGUUUAAUUGAACAAUCAUGCAAUUCAAAUAUAUUAAAAUCAUGUACCAGUUCAACUUGUCGUUAUCCAUCGACCUGUCAACAAAUUGAAGAUACAAAUCCUCCAAAUUAUAAAUGUAUUUGUCCAGAUUAUUUAACAGGCGAUCGUUGUCAAUAUACGAAUACAUGUCAAAAUAAACCUUGUUUAAAUCAAGGUAUUUGUAUUCCUCUUGGUUCACAAAAUAAUUUUAUGUGUCUUUGUUCAUCGGGUUUUGGACAUUUUGAUUGUUCAAUAUAUAUGGGUUUAUCAUGUAAUUCAAAUGUAUGCUUAAAUGGUGGAACAUGUGAUCAUAAUAGUACAAAUAUUCGAUGUAUAUGUCCAAUCGAUUUUGCUGGACCACGUUGUGAAUGGACAUCUGUUUGUUCAACUAAUACAUGUCAAAAUGGUGGUAGAUGUCGACAAAUAGCUCCAACAAUGGCAGAAUGUUUAUGUCAAGCUGGUUUUACAGGUCCAAUAUGUAGUUUACGAGAUUCUUGUGCAACAUUACCAUGUAAAAAUGGCGGGGGUUGUACAACAUUACUUGCUGAUACAGGUAAUAACUGGUCAGCUUAUCGUUGUAUUUGUCCGCCUGGAUUUUAUGGACAGAAUUGCGAUACAGUAAUCAAUUCAUGUUCAAAUAUGGUUUGUCCUGCAUAUAAAACUUGUACCGAACAAUCAACAGGACCUGUAUGUAUCUGUAAAGGAAAUAAAAUUGGUACAUUAUGUCAAUAUGAUAAUCCAUGUAAUUCAUCAUCAUUAUUUAAUUGUCAUAAUGAGGGUAUAUGUAUAUCAUCAAAUACUGAUCCACCUAUUAGUUCAUGUCUUUGUCGUGAAGGAUUUACAGGUGCAUAUUGUGAAAUUUUAAUCGAAAGUAAUCCAUGUGCUAGUAAUCCUUGUCAAACACGUGGUUAUUGUGCAUUAUCAACAUCAAAUAACACAUAUACAUGUAUAUGUCAAGAUAAUUUUAUUGGUGAACAAUGUGAACGAAAUAAUCCAUGUUUAUCAUUACCAUGUUUAAAUCAAGGUGUAUGUCAAGCAAAUUGGAAUCAAACAGAUACAUGGUUUACUUGUCGUUGUAUUGGAACUUAUACAGGAAAUCGAUGUGAAACAUCUAUGCUUAAUCCUUGUGGAGGAUUAUGUAUGAAUGGAAGUCCUUGUAAUAAUGACGUAUGUGUUUGUCCAGCUCAAUACACAGGAACAUUUUGUGAAUUUGAUAAUCCUUGUUAUAAUCCAAUAUGUGAACAUGAUGGAGUUUGUUCAGUUAUUUCUAAUACAACAAAUGUUUCGUUUACAUGUACCUGUUCACAUUUAUAUAGUGGUCAAUAUUGUGAAAUUCCAUUGAAUAUAUCUACAAAUGAUAGUUGUCCAAUAGAAUGUAUAAAUGGUGGUACAUGUGAAAAUGGAAUAUGUAUGUGUACAUCACAUUAUGUUGGACCAUCAUGUCAAUAUGAAAAUCCAUGUAUAAAACAAAAUCCAUGUUUGAAUGGUGGCACUUGUUUUAGUCGAUAUAAUACGAAUGGAACAUUAUCUACACAAUGUUUUUGUCUUCAAGGAUUCACAGGAAAUCAUUGUGAAGCAACACUUUGUUCACCUACAUCAUGUAAUGGUGGUCUUUGUACUGCUACACAAAAUAAUAUCGUCUGUGUAUGUUCAACAGGCAAAAUUGGUGAUCGUUGUCAAUAUGCAGAUGCAUGUGCAACUAAUCCAUGUUUAUCAACUGAACGAUGUGAACAAAUCGGAAGUCAAUAUCAAUGUAUUUCAUGUUUUGAUAAAAGUUCUUAUUGUUCAAUUUAUCAAUUACGUAAUGAAUACUGUGAUAAUCGUUAUACAAUACUUGUUGAUAAUAAUUUUCUAUCCGUACCUCAAGCAUGUCAACGUUCAUGUGGUCAAUGUUUGCCUGUACAACGUUUAAAAGAUAUAUCAACAUUAUUUCAUGAUGAAAUCUUAUCUGAUGAUAAAAAAAUAAUGAUAACAACAACUACAAUAACAAAUAUACAACAAGAAAAAUGUAUUGAUCGACGAGAUGAUUGUUUAAUGCAAAAAGCAUAUGGAUUUUGUCGAAUUUUUAAUGAAAAAUAUCCAGAUGAUUGUAUUAAAACAUGUCAUCCGAAAUGUACUGUUCAUUCUUAA